AUGAUUCGUAUCACGUUUCUUUCCUUGAAGGCAGCGAUGGGCAGCGGUAGGAAUAACGAAAUUCUGUGCUGGCUGCUCGUGUUGAUUUUAUCUGACUGGUCUGCAGCUCAGAUAUCAUACUCUGUUUCCGAGGAGGUGGACAAAGGAACUGUGGUGGGGAAUCUCGCUAAGGAUUUAAAUGUCAACUUUCGAGACCUGCAAACGAGGAAUCUGAAUCUCGUGUCUGGGUAUAGUAAGAAAUAUUUCGAAGCAAAUGUUAAAACGGGUGAUCUUUGUGUUAAUGAGCGAAUAGACCGCGAGGAGCUUUGUCCAAACACGAUAAAAUGCACACUAAACUUAGAGGCCAUACUGAGCAAUCCUAUGGUACUCCACCGCAUUGAGGUUGUAAUUGUUGAUUUAAAUGACAAUGCACCUACCUUCGUUGAGAAGUCACAUUCACUUAACAUAUCUGAAUUAUCACCGACGGGCGAACACUUCUGGCUUCCCCUGGCUCUUGACGCAGAUACAGGCAGCAAUUCAGUAAAGACUUACAGGCUAAGUCCAAAUGAAUACUUCUCCUUAGAUAUGCAAAGCGAUGGAGAGCAUAGUGUAUCUGCUGAGUUAGUACUGGUAAAAGCUUUGGAUCGAGAAAAGCAAGCUGUUGUUAAACUAACACUGACCGCUGUAGACGGAGGCAAACCUCCCAAAACUGGAACUGUUCAGAUACAUGUAAAUGUUCUAGAUGUCAACGAUAACACUCCAUCAUUUAGCCAAACACUUUACAAGGCACGUGUAAAUGAAAAUUUUCCAACUGGAUCAUUAGUAAUUCAACUUAAUGCCACAGAUUCAGACGAGGGCGACAAUGGUAGAGUCAUUUACUCUUUUGUCAGGCGUGCAAACUUCAAUCCUGCAGAUGUGUUUCUCAUAAAUGCAGAGACUGGUGAAAUAACGAUUAAAGGCAAUUUGGAUUACGAAGCACAGUCAGCUUAUGAAAUUCAUGUUCAAGCUACAGACAGAGGUUCGUCGCCUCGGAGUGCAAAUGGGAAGCUGCUGGUGGAGGUAGUCGAUGUGAAUGACAAUGCCCCAGAAAUUGUAGUGACGUCACUCAUGAACCCGGUUAAAGAAGAUGCUGACAUUGGAAGCGUUGUCGCUUUAGUAACAGUGACUGAUAAAGACGGAGGAAAAAACGGUCACACUAAUUGUAAACUGGUUGGUUCUGCACCUUUCAAGUUAAGAUCCAAUUAUAAAAACUACUACUCUUUAGUUGUAGACGGACCUCUGGAUAGAGAAGGAUGCUCUUUUUACAAUGUCACGAUUGCAGCGACUGAUGAGGGGACCCCUCCUCUAUCCACCAGCAGCGUAAUAACUGUUAAGGUUUCUGAUGUCAAUGACAACGCACCUCGUUUCCUUGAACCAGUGAUUAACAUUUAUGUUAAAGAAAACAGUCCAGUUGGAGCUCUUAUCUAUACGAUAACUGCAGUCGACCCUGAUAUGAAUGAAAACGCUAGAGUAGCAUACUCAUUUUAUGGUGAUUCAAAAAGUAUUCCUAUAACUUCUGUUGUAAACAUAAACCCAGAGACUGGAGAUAUAGUCAGCCUUCAGUCUUUUAAUUUUGAGGAGUUAAAAACGUUUCAGUUUAAAGUUCAGGCCACCGACUCUGGUGUUCCUCCGCUCAGCAGCAACGUGACUGUAAACAUUUUCAUCCUGGAUGAGAAUGACAAUAAUCCAACAAUUCUCGCGCCCUAUUCUGAGCACGGCUCCGUUAACAGUGAGAGCAUCCCCUACUCUGCUGAAGCGGGAUACUUUGUGGCAAAGAUCAGGGCUGUAGACGCAGACUCUGGAUACAAUGCGCUGCUUUCUUAUCACCUCACUGAGCCCAAAGGAAACAAACUCUUCAGGAUUGGAACCAGCACCGGAGAAAUCAGGACUAAGAGGAGAAUGAGUGACAAUGACCUGAAAACUCACCCCGUGGUGGUCUUAGUUUCUGAUAAUGGAGAACCCUCCCUGUCAGCUACUGUGUCUAUUGAGGUGGUGGUGGUUGAAAGCACAGCUGACAUACAGACUCAGUUCAGACAUGUGCCCAUAAAGGAGGACAGCUUCUCUGAUUUAAACCUGUAUCUGCUGAUCGCCAUUGUGUCAGUUUCAGUGAUUUUUCUGCUGAGUCUCAUCAGUUUAAUAGCUGUCAAAUGCCACAGAACAGACGGAAGUUUCAGCAGGUACAGCGCCCCAAUGAUCACCACCCACCCUGACGGGAGCUGGUCUUACUCUAAAGCUACUCAGCAGUAUGACGUCUGUUUCAGCUCAGACACGCUCAAGAGUGACGUAGUGGUUUUCCCCGCACCGUUUCCGUCUCUAGAUGCUGAGCUGAUCAGUAUUAAUGGAGGAGACACGUUUACCAGUACUCAAACUUUACCUAAUAAAGAAAAGACUCCUCCUCUGCGUGCGAAGCAUCAGUAG